ACAAUUUGGCCAUUUUCACUUAGGGGUGUACUCACUUGCCAGCAGUUCAGACAUUAAUGACUGUGUGUUGAGUUGUAUGAAGGCACAGCUAAUUUCCUUUGUUAUUUCCUUAGUACACUGAUUAUAUUACAUUGUAUUAAAGUGUCAUAUCUUCAGUGUUCAGAUGAAAAGAUAUAAUAAAACAUGUGAGGUGUGUACCCACUUUUGUGAGACAGUGAAGCUUUGUUAAAAGUGUUAAAUGCCAACUGAAAAUUUGUACUCAAAGAAACAAAUUUAUUUUCUAGUGUAUUUCUGGUAUAUGUACUAUACUGAUGGUUUCAUUUAAUCUGCUCAUGUAUUUUUCUAAGGAGGAGACAGAUGUUUGAGCAAAGGGGGUUCCAGAAGGUGGAGAGGAGAUGACAGGAGGUGGAGAGGAGAUGACAGGAGGUGGAGAGGAAAUGACAGGAGGUGGAGAGGAGAUAACAGGAGGUGGAGAGGAGAUAACAGGAGGUGGAGAGGAGAUGAUAGGAGGUGGAGAGGAGAUGACAGGAGGUGGAGAGGAGAUGACAGGAGGUGGAGAGGAAAUGACAGGAGGUGGAGAGGAGAUGAUAGGAGGUGGAGAGGAGAUAACAGGAGGUGGAGAGGAGAUGACAGGAGGUGGAGAGGAAAUGACAGGAGGUGGAGAGGAGAUAACAGGAGGUGGAGAGGAGAUGAUAGGAGGUGGAGAGGAGAUGACAGGAGGUGGAGAGGAAAUGACAGGAGGUGGAGAGGAGAUGAUAGGAGGUGGAGAGGAGAUAACAGGAGGUGGAGAGGAGAUGACAGGAGGUGGAGAGGAAAUGAUAGGAGGUGGAGAGGAGCUAACAGGAGGUGGAGAGGAUGUGACUGGAACUGGUAGAGAAGAGAUGGAAGUAGGUGGGGAGGUGGUAACAGCAGGUUGAACAGUGGAUA